AUGCCCAAGAAACACCAUAAACCAACGAGCCCCAAGCCGAGUUCUACCGUCCAUCCAUCCCUGACCUCGUUUACGGGUUCAAAGAAUCAGAGUAGUAGUGGAUCGGCGACUAGAGAUGGGCGGUCGGUAAAUGACCUCAUCCAUCACCUCCGUCGUACACAAGUGUCGAGACGUGAUGAGGUCAAUGCGAGUCUGUCGCGGGUGGCGCCCAGAUCAGUUCAUCCCUCGAUAAGGAAUCUACUAGGCCUGCCCGAAACCCCUCCCCCGCGUCCGCGUCCUAGCACCCGUGUUGUCGGCGAGCGGGGGGUUCGGAGAACGCCUGGCCCCGCUGCACCUUUGAGUUGGCUAGCACCAAAUGAUAAUGGACCGGAUUCUGAGAGAAGACGCAGAUUUACUCGCGAUGAUGCGCAGGAGAGAAAUGUUCGGCUAGAGCGUUUACCGGGCAUACAAUUCCCAGCUAAGGGUAGCUUGCAGCAUAUGGUUUUGAAGUCCAUGGCAGUCAACUGGGACUCGCAUCUUCUGUACGAUGGCGUCUUUUUAUCUGAACUUCCCAGCCCAACGAAGCAGCUGCUUCUGAGUUAUAUCUCUACAUUUACAGACCAUGCCUCGAUGGAGGUGGGGAUGCAAGGGUUAAAACCCUUGUUCCUGGACAGUUCAGACGAUGGUAUCACCGAAACUUACUCAGAUAUUACUCGUCUGGAUCUAGCCUCCUGCCUGGGCCGCUGGAUGACUUUCAAACACCUGGCGCGAGAAAUCAAGGGGGUGGAUAGGGCCGAAUCACACUCCCACGGGAAAAAAAUUGAGGGCUCGACCCUCCCGUCCUGGGAAGAAGAAACGGACAGAGAAUUCUCUUCGGCCGCUAUUCCUCUAGCUCCAACCCAACCACUCCAACAGCGGUUUUCCAACCUCAAAUUCCUAUCCCUCGCCAACCCCAUCCCCCGCGAAGCCAGCUGGCACUCCCUUUUAAACCUCCUCCCACACCUUUCUACGAUAACCCAUUUGUCUCUCGCCCACUGGCCAACCCCAACCGUAACCCCAAACUCCCUCACAGCGAGCAUGAAGCAUCCGAAACUCAGCUCCCUCUCCCUGCCCUACGGCGGGACAGAUAUAUACUCCGCAUUCGAAAACAACUGGGUCGAGGCCGCUGGAAUCUUACGCAGACUUUCCAAAACAACUUAUUGUCUCAAAUGGCUGGACCUAGAAGGCUGCAGUGACUGGCUCCCAGCUCUGAGCUGGAAUGGGAUCGAUUUGGAAGGAAAUUUCCAUGCCGCGGCCGGGCCGGAGUGGAAUGGAGCUUGGAGGAACCUUGAAUGGUUGGGUCUUGGGCCUGGGUGGUUUCCCGAUGUGUCUGAUGUCGAAGACUCGUAUCUCAUCCACGAAAGGGAUAAAACCCUGCUGAGGGAGAUUGAGAGUGGGCGUUAUGACUCAUCAUCGCUUGGAGCUGCUGGAAUUGAGGACAAGAAGGCGCUGAUCCGGGAGAGAGAUGGAUACCGGAACCUCAUUGAGCGGGCGGUUGAGGUGAAGAAGCAGGUGCAGACGAUUAGGAGGGACGGUGGUGGGAGGUGGUUGGAGGUUUCUCUCGGCUUGGAGAGCGAAGACGAGCUUAGGAUAAGGGUGUGUGGGGAUGUGGUGAAGUGA